AUGCCAUCACCGACACCGCCCCCAAAUCGCGGUCGGUCGUACAGCCGCUCUCGCUCUCCUCGUCCUGGAGCACGCGACUAUUCUCGCAGCAAAUCCCGGUCUCGUACUCCCAACAACGCUCCUCGAGGCCGUUCGUACACUCGUUCUCGCUCUCCCCGUUCCAGAAGCCCUCGCUCUAGAUCCCGUUCUCGUUCGUACUCCAGAUCUAGAUCUCGCAGCGCAGGUCCUCGCAAUGCUGCAGGCGCCGGAGGUCCUGCCGAUAAUGCUGGUAGUCCUAGGAACCGUGGAGGCGACAAGCGAGGCAGAAGUUAUUCGAGGAGUUUGAGUCGUAGCCGGAGCAGGACUAGGAGCUAUUCUAGGAGUCGCAGUCCCUAUAAUCGUCGUGGAGGUCCAGGAGGCGCACAAGGUGGCCGGUUUAACUCAAGAAGCUAUAGUAGAAGCUUGAGUCCUGCAGGCCCAUUAGGACUUCCCGGUGGGAAGAGCUCUAAGAUUGUGGUUGAAAAACUCACAAAGAACAUAACGGUUCCACAUAUAACCGAGAUUUUUGGCGUAUACGGCACGAUUAAAGAUAUCGACAUGCCGAUGAACAGAAUGUUCAAUACGAAUCGUGGAGUGGUCUACGUCAUAUACACCUCCCCACAAGACCAGUUGGUGGAUAUAAGGGCAGCGGAAGGAGAGGAAGAUUUGGACCUGGUGGUGGCGGCGGAGGAGGAGGAGGAAGGAGCAGGAGCAGAAGCCCAAGAAGAGGUGGAGAUAGUUAUCGGCCGCCCGGAGGUGGCGGAGGUGGAAGCGGUACCGGCGGACGAGGAAGACGUAGCCCGAGCUACAGUAGUUAUGGAAGUCGAAGCAGGUCAAGAUCUAGGACCAGGAGCCGGUCUAGAAGCAGAUCGAGGUCAGAUAGCAGGAGCAGGAGCAGAAGCCGCAGCAGAAGCUACUCAAGCUCACCGAAGAGACGAUCCGGAGGCGGUGGUGGAGCACGUAGAAGGUAAUUGCGCUUACAGCUAUAACCUAUGA